UAAAUCACUGAUAUUUCUCUGGGGGCGUUCCAUUCGACCAUUCUGGACGCGUCUAGCAUGUUCUGUCCAGAAUGCGUGAUUGGAAUAAAACGGAAUACGGGAGUGUCCGGGACGUGUGAACGGAACACGGUACGCCAAACCAAAAUGGCUGACAAUAAUAUAAACAUUCCUUUGCUCAUUUCCUUGUUGGAAGAUUCUGACGAAGAAUCCGAUGCCGUAGGUGAAGAAACUAUGACAUUAUUGAUGGGAGCAGCCUCUUCGCUGCCACAGGAAUUAAAGGCAAAGAUUAUGGACUAUACAGAAUCAGUUGUGCCAUUUUACGACGAUAUGAGCUUUCGCCGUAAGUUCAGAAUGUCAAAAGGGACUUUCCAUAUUCUUAGUCAAUACCUUAAGGAUCUUCCAGAGUUCAGUUUUGAUCAUCCUGGAGGUAAAGAGCAUGUGUCAGUAGAAAAACAGUUGUUGAUGACAUUGUGGUACCUUGGAAGUUGUGAUACAAUAGAUAAAAUGGGAGAUCGAUUUGGUAUUUCUACGUCGUCUGUUAUUCGCUGCAGAAACAGAAUAUUAGCAGCAGUGAAUAGACACCUCAAGCGGCGUUUCAUAGUAUGGCCAAACGCACAAAAGAUUCCAGAAGUUGAAGAGCAUUUUGGUCAGAGGAAUGGUUUUCCAGGAAUAAUAGGAGCCCUCGAUGGAUCCCACAUUGAAAUAAAAAAGCCAACACUACAUGGAAAUUCAUAUAUCAACAGAAAAGGGUAUGCGUCCCUGCAGGUACAAGCAGUUUGCACCGAUGACAUGCUGUUUAUCCACAUCUUUACUGGUUAUCCCGGAAGUUGCCAUGAUGCCAGGAUCUUGAGAAACUCUGAUUUAUGGCAGAAUGGUCCGAAUCUGUGUGGAGAAAACCACAUUAUUGCAGAUGCAGCCUACCCCACCCGUAAAUGGCUUUUAACCCCUUACAGAGACAACGGGCACUUGAAUGCUGCUCAAAAGAAAUAUAACAAAUACCAUUCGUCGUGCCGUGUUGUUAUAGAACGUGCUUUUGCUUUACUUAAAGGCAGGUUCAGGCGUUUGAAGUACAUUGAUGCAAGUGUGAAAACUGCAGUUAUUAUUAUAAUGUGCAGUUGUAUUUUCCAUAACAUAUGCCUAAUAAACCAUGACGAUGUAAACGAAUUUCUUGAAGAUGCCGACAUGCUAGAUCCAGUUUUAAAUCCCAUUUGUGUACAUGACAAUUAUAACGACGAAGGAGUUCGUAAAAGGGACUUGAUAGCUGCUGGUCUGAUUUAAAGUCUGUGUACAAUAUAAUAAAACUUCAAACUGUAA